AUGGCGGGAAUUGAUGGGGAGCAGGCAGUCCUCGCCCUACCCUCUGGCGGUAUAGGUGACAUCGCCGCCGGACCCCUAGCUCAGAGCCGGCAUUUCUGCGGUGACGCUGAGGGUUGGGGACCGAUCAGCUCCAUCAGAUACGGCCUUACUCCCUGCUUCUUGGACGUCUUUAUCUGCUUUGUAGCUGUCUUUGGACUGGUAGGCUCGGCUGGAGCUCUAUGGUUGCUCCUAAGGCAUAGAACCGCCGAAAACAUUCCGCGGAACUGGCAUUUUUAUGCUAAACUGUCAUUGAUAUGGGCCCUCGUUGUUGUUGUCGGACUCCAGGCAUCACUGCAGAUCGAAAAUCUCCCUCGCAUAUGGGCCGGUGACUUUAGAUUCUGGACCACCAUCCUGCUCCUUCUCUCCCUCGUCUGUAUAUAUGCGGUCCAAUACCACGAACACUGGCGAAGUCGGCAGCCAAACGGCGUGGUGUUGUUUUACUGGCUCUUCUUCAUCAUUGCACAUGGCGUCAAGCUUCAGUCGCUGGUGUCACGCAAAUUCUAUCAAGAUCACUUGCCGUAUUUCAUCACCUUCAACGUUGGUUUGGGCAUCGCUCUUUUGGAGUUCGUUCUCGAAUAUUUCGUUAAGAAGAAACAGAGUGUUUACUAUGCUUUGGGUGAUGAUGACGAAUGUCCCUUUGAAUACGCCGAUAUCUUCUCCGUCCUUACAUUCUCAUGGAUGACUCCGCUUAUGAAACAAGGCUAUAAGAACUUCCUCACUCAGGAUGACCUUUGGAACUUGCGAGACCGAGACACUACCCGUGUGACGGGUGAGGUACUACAAUCGGCAUGGGAAGAUGAGCUCAAGAACAAGAAGAAGCCAUCACUAUGGAUGGCCCUGUUCCGAGCAUUCAGUGCUCCUUAUUUCCGUGGCGCACUGAUCAAAUGCUUGAGUGAUAUCCUAGCAUUCGUUCAGCCACAACUCCUUCGUCUCUUGAUCAGCUUCGUUGAUUCCUAUCGGACAGAAAGCCCGCAACCAGCAAUCAGGGGAGUUGCCAUCUCGCUUGCUAUGUUCAUCGUUUCUGUUGUUCAGACUACCUGUCUACAUCAGUAUUUCCAGAGAGCCUUUGAAACAGGCAUGCGCGUUAAAUCUUCAUUGACCGCCAUGAUUUAUACCAAAGCCUUGAAACUCUCUAACGAGGGCCGUGCAACCAAGUCAACCGGUGACAUCGUCAACUACAUGGCUGUAGAUCAACAGCGGCUCUCUGACCUAGCUCAGUUCGGUACGCAGCUUUGGUCAGCUCCAUUUCAGAUAGUCCUAUGCAUGCUAUCUCUUUACAAUCUUAUCGGGUGGAGUAUGUGGGCCGGAAUUGCGGCUAUGGUACUUAUGAUUCCACUUAACGGUUUCAUUGCCAAUAUUAUGAAAACGCUACAGGUCAAGCAAAUGAAGAACAAGGAUCAACGAACCAGACUGAUGACUGAAAUCCUGAACAAUAUGAAGAGCAUUAAACUCUACGCCUGGAAUACUGCCUUCAUGGGCAAGCUGAACCACGUACGAAAUGACCUUGAACUAAACACGUUACGCAAGAUCGGUGCUACUCAGGCCAUUGCCAACUUCACUUGGUCCUCGACGCCCUUCCUGGUGUCAUGCUCGACUUUCGCUGUCUACGUCUGGAUCACCGACAAGCCUCUCACCACUGAAAUUGUCUUCCCAGCAUUGACUCUUUUCAACUUGCUCACCUUCCCACUUGCUAUCUUACCAAUGGUCAUUACUUCCAUCAUUGAAUCCUCUGUUGCUGUUACACGUUUGACAGCGUAUUUGACAGCGGAAGAAUUGCAAGAAAAUGCUGUUCUUUACCAGGAGGCGGUCACCCACCCAGGAGAUGAGGCGGUACUUAUACGCGAUGCAACAUUUACUUGGAACAAAUAUGAGAGUGGAGAUGAACUUGAAAACCUCAACUUCAGUGCCCGAAAGGGUGAACUGAGUUGCAUUGUUGGCCGCGUUGGAGCCGGAAAAUCAUCUCUCCUCCAGACACUACUUGGUGACCUAUAUAAAGUCGGCGGAGAAGUAGUUGUCAAAGGCCGCAUUGCCUACGUUGCCCAGCAAGCGUGGGUUAUGAACGCUAGCGUCAGAGACAAUAUUGUAUUUGGGCAUAGAUGGGACCCCCAUUUCUAUGAAUUGACUAUAGCUGCCUGCGCAUUAUUGGACGACUUCAAAACCCUGCCUGAUGGCGACCAAACCGAAGUUGGAGAGCGUGGAAUCUCGUUAUCUGGAGGCCAAAAGGCACGACUCAGCUUGGCCAGAGCUGUAUACGCUCGUGCAGAUGUAUACCUUCUCGAUGAUUGUCUAUCUGCCGUCGAUCAACACGUUGGAAGACACAUUAUCAACCGCGUUUUGGGCAAGGACGGAAUUCUUUCUAGCAAAACCAGAAUCUUGGCUACAAAUGCUAUUACUGUUCUAAAAGAGGCUGACUUUAUUGCCUUACUCCGCAACCGAACAAUCAUUGAAAAAGGGACCUAUGAACAACUUCUAGCGAUGAAAGGAGAAGUAGCGAAUCUAAUCCGCACAGCUGUUACCGAGGAUGACUCUAGAUCUAGUGGAAGUAGCAGAGAUGACGGGUUAGAGAGCUCCGAGUCAUCAUCAACAGUGAUUGAAAUUGGAGAUGAUAGCUCUACCAUCUCGGACAACGAGGAAGCUCAGGAACGCUUUGCACCUCUUGCCCCUAUUAGAAGCGCUGGGGGAGGCAAGCCACGCCGUGAGAGCACUACAACCCUGCGCCGCGCAAGCACCGUUAGUCGACCGAACUUUAGAGGAAAGCUUACUGAUGAAGAAGUAAUCAUCAAAUCCAAACAGACCAAGGAGACAAUGGAACAAGGAAAGGUGAAAUGGAGCGUGUACGGAGAAUAUGCUGCAACAAGCAACCUAUAUGCUGUGGCUUCUUACUUGAUCAUUCUCGUUAUGGCACACGCUACACAAGUUGCUGGAAACUUCUGGCUGAAGAAAUGGUCAGAGGUAAACGAAAAGGCGGGUAAGAAUGCUGAUAUCGGAAAGUACCUUGGAAUUUACUUCGCAAUUGGAAUUGGCUCGUCUGCUCUCGUGAUUCUACAGACUUUGAUUCUCUGGAUCCUCUGUUCUAUUGAGGCCUCGCGAAAACUACAUGAGAGGAUGGCUUUUGCUAUCUUUAGAUCUCCCAUGAGCUUCUUUGAGACUACUCCGGCUGGCCGUAUCCUUAACCGUUUUUCGAGUGACAUGUACCGGGUAGAUGAAAUGCUUGCCCGAACAUUCAAUAUGUUGUUUUCCAAUUCUGCCCGUGCCGUAUUUACGGUUGUUGUCAUUGGCAUCUCUACUCCUUGGUUCCUUUUACUGGUCUUCCCACUUGGUUAUGUUUAUCUGAGAUACCAAAAGUAUUACCUCAGGACAUCACGAGAGCUUAAGCGUCUCGAUAGCGUUAGCAAGAGUCCUAUAUUUGCACAUUUCCAGGAGAGUCUUGGUGGCAUCUCUACUAUCAGAGCAUUCAGACAGCAGAAGCGUUUUGCGCUGGAAAACGAAUGGCGAAUGGAUGCUAACCUCCGGGCCUACUUCCCUUCAAUCAGUGCCAAUAGAUGGCUUGCAGUACGGCUUGAGUUCAUCGGAUCCGUUAUUAUCCUUGCGUCUGCCAUAUUCUCUAUCAUAUCUGUUACCUCGCACACCGGUAUAACUGCUGGCAUGGUUGGUCUUGCGAUGUCUUAUGCACUGAUGAUUACUCAAUCUCUCAACUGGAUCGUGCGACAGACUGUCGAGGUGGAGACGAACAUUGUUUCUGUUGAGCGUGUACUCGAAUAUGCAAAUCUCCCAAGCGAAGCGCCAGAUGUUAUAUUCAAAAACAGACCAACACUAGGGUGGCCUUCGCAGGGCGCAGUGACAUUUAACAAUUACAGCACUAGAUACCGCCCCGGAUUAGAUCUCGUGCUAAAGGGAAUCAACCUAAGCAUCAAGCCUCACGAAAAAAUUGGAGUUGUUGGAAGAACCGGAGCGGGCAAGAGCUCGUUGACUCUGGCUUUGUUCCGUAUCAUUGAAGCAGCUGAGGGCCAAAUCAGCAUCGACGGGUUGGAUAUAAGCAAGAUUGGCUUGCAGGACCUUCGUGGUCGUCUCGCCAUUAUUCCACAGGACGCAGCUUUGUUUGAAGGUACAAUUCGAGAUAACCUUGACCCACGUCACGUACAUGAUGACACCGAACUAUGGAGUGUUCUUGAACACGCACGACUUAAGGAUCACGUCUCCAGUCUACCUGGACAGCUGGAUGCCCAGAUUCAUGAAGCAGGAUCCAACCUGAGCCAGGGACAACGACAGCUCAUCUCGAUGGCUAGAGCACUACUGACUCCUAGCAACAUCCUGGUGCUUGAUGAAGCAACUGCCGCUGUUGAUGUUGAAACCGAUGCCCUCUUGCAACAGAUGUUGCGCAGUAGUAUCUUCGAACACCGAACGAUCAUAACGAUCGCACACCGUAUCAACACUAUUCUAGAUAGCGAUCGGAUUGUUGUGCUUGACCGAGGCACUGUAGCAGAAUUCGAUACUCCUGCCGAACUCAUCCGUCGUGGAGGGCAGUUCUAUACUCUCGUCAAGGAGGCAGGGUUGCUUGAAACCGGCAGCUCUUCCCCGGCAACCCUGGAUAAAUAG